AUGGAGAGGAAAGAGCAGCGGGGCGGAGGACGGCGGACCGACGCCCAUCAGGAGCCGUGCGAGGGCGACCCCGGGGGCACGGUGGUGCAGCGAACGCAAGUGGUGCUCCUGGCCGGCGAGCCGUGGGGGGCCGAGAGCGGCCAGCAGGUCCUCAGCUCCUUCGCGCACCACGUGCUGCCCAAAACGAGUGGUGGCCCCCAAGAGGCCCCUGGUGCCGAGUCCACCGCGAACACCCAGCAGCAGCAGCAACAGCAGCAGCAGCAGCAGCUGGGCACUCAGUUGCCGCCGUGCACUUCCUCGGUCGCGCCGUCGGGGCAGCUGACUUUCUUCUUGUGCCGGGCGGCGUCGCUGCGGGAGCGGGCGGCGCGGCUGAGGGAGGUACUGCAGGGCGUGCGGGACCAGAACCGCGGCGCGCCAGCCGCCCUGGUGGGCGUAAUUGUGCAGCCGCGGCCCGAGGAGGAGCACGAAGCCCUGAGUCGCCUAGAGGAGCUGCUCCGCGAGGUCUUCGAAGUCGAGGGCGUCUGCCCUAUGGAGAUCCACACGGCAGUUUUUGCUCCUGGCCGGCCCCACGGCGCCCUCGAGCUUCGGCGCGUCAGGGGCCACGUCGCCACCAAGCGAACGCAGAGCGAAACUUGGACAGACAAAUCAAGGUUUAUUCAGUUGUUGGGAGCUGCGCUGUCUUUCGGAACAAUGGCCUACGGGGGCUAUUACUUCUACCACCACCCGCCAAUCUAAAGCCUUCUACUCUGCCAGGACUUCUCCCUCCUUACCUGGU